AUGGACAGAGGGUGGGGGAGAUUCGGUGCUGCUAAAGAGAAACAGGGUACAAUUCUGGUGGACAACAUGUUGAUUAAGGGGACUGCCGGAGGACCAGACCCCACCAUAGAGCUCUCUUUAAAGGACAACGUGGACUACUGGGUGUUACUGGACCCCGUUAAGCAGAUGCUUUUCCUCAACAGUACCGGAAGAGUUCUGGAUAGAGACCCACCAAUGAACAUACACUCCAUUGUAGUACAAGUCCAGUGUGUCAACAAGAAGGUUGGCACAGUGAUCUAUCAUGAAGUACGCAUCGUGGUGCGGGACCGGAAUGACAACUCACCCACAUUCAAGCAUGAGAGCUACUAUGCCACCGUGAAUGAGCUCACUCCGGUCGGCACCACAAUAUUCACGGGGUUUGCAGGAGACAACGGAGCCACAGACAUAGACGAUGGCCCUAACGGACAGAUCGAAUACGUCAUUCAGUACAACCCAGAAGAUCCGACCUCCAAUGACACCUUCGAAAUUCCACUCAUGUUGACUGGCAACGUGGUGCUGAGGAAAAGACUCAACUACGAGGAUAAGACUCGCUACUACGUCAUCAUCCAAGCUAACGACCGUGCACAAAAUCUGAAUGAGAGGAGAACAACUACUACCACCCUCACAGUAGACGUUCUAGAUGGAGAUGAUCUGGGACCAAUGUUUCUGCCCUGUGUUCUUGUGCCAAAUACCCGUGACUGCCGUCCACUCACCUACCAAGCUGCCAUUCCUGAACUGAGGACUCCGGAAGAACUGAACCCUAUUUUGGUGACCCCACCUAUCCAAGCCAUUGACCAGGACCGAAACAUCCAACCACCAUCUGAUCGACCUGGCAUCCUCUACUCCAUCCUUGUUGGCACCCCUGAGGAUUAUCCCCGCUUCUUCCACAUGCAUCCCAGGACUGCAGAACUCACUCUCCUGGAGCCAGUAAACAGAGACUUCCAUCAAAAGUUUGAUUUGGUUAUUAAGGCCGAACAGGACAAUGGCCACCCGCUGCCCGCCUUUGCUAGUCUACACAUCGAGAUACUGGACGAAAAUAAUCAGAGUCCAUACUUCACAAUGCCCAGCUAUCAAGGCUACAUCCUGGAAUCUGCCCCAGUGGGAGCCACCAUUUCUGAGAGCCUGAACUUAACCACGCCUCUGAGAAUUGUAGCUCUGGACAAAGACAUAGAAGACGUGCCACCUGGUGGAGUUCCUGUAGGUACCAGGCUACAAAAGGACCCAGAGCUCCCUUUUCUGAAUGAUUACACCUCAAAGUUCACCGUGACACCCACCAGUAUAACCGCUUCCUCCACCCUUUCAACCUGUGACAGGAGGAACAAAACCUAUACCUUUCUGAUAACGGCGUUCGAUGGCGUGCAGGAGAGCGAGCCAGUGGUGGUCAAUAUCCGAGUGAUGGAUGCCAAUGACAACACGCCCACCUUCCCUGAGAUCUCCUACGAUGUCUAUGUUUACACGGACAUGAGUCCCGGGGACAGUGUCAUCCAGCUGACUGCAGUGGACGCUGAUGAAGGCUCUAACGGGGAGAUCUCCUAUGAAAUACUGGUGGGCGGCAAGGGAGACUUCGUGAUCAACAGGACCACGGGGCUGGUGAGCAUCGCGCCAGGAGUGGAGCUGAUCGUGGGACAGACGUAUGCGCUCACGGUGCAGGCUUCAGACAACGCUCCGCCCGCAGAGAGAAGGCACUCCAUCUGCACCGUGUACAUCGAGGUGCUGCCUCCCAACAACCAGAGCCCUCCGCGAUUCCCACAGCUGAUGUACAGUCUGGAAGUCAGCGAAGCCAUGAGGAUCGGCGCGGUUUUAUUAAAUCUACAGGCAACUGAUCGAGAGGGAGACCCAAUCACAUAUGCCAUCGAGAAUGGAGACCCUCAGCGAGUUUUUAAUCUUUCAGAAACCACAGGGAUUCUCAGCCUAGGGAAGGCUCUAGACCGAGAGAGCACGGACCGCUACAUCCUCAUCGUCACAGCCUCAGAUGGCAGGCCAGAUGGAACCUCAACUGCCACUGUGAACAUAGUGGUGACAGACGUCAAUGAUAACGCUCCCGUGUUCGAUCCCUAUCUGCCCAGGAACCUUUCUGUGGUGGAGGAAGAGGCCAAUGCCUUUGUGGGUCAAGUCCGGGCAACAGACCCAGAUGCUGGGAUAAAUGGCCAAGUGCACUACAGCCUGGGGAAUUUCAACAACCUCUUCCGCAUCACGUCCAACGGGAGCAUUUAUACAGCCGUGAAGCUGAACAGGGAAGCCAGGGACCACUAUGAACUGGUUGUUGUGGCAACAGAUGGAGCUGUACACCCUCGACAUUCAACUCUGACAUUGUACAUCAAGGUGUUGGACAUUGACGAUAACAGUCCUGUUUUUACCAAUUCAACGUACACGGUUGUUGUUGAAGAGAACCUGCCAGCCGGGACCUCCUUCCUUCAAAUAGAGGCCAAGGAUGUUGAUCUUGGAGCCAAUGUGUCCUAUCGGAUCAGAAGCCCAGAGGUGAAGCACCUCUUUGCACUGCAUCCAUUUACUGGGGAAUUGUCUCUUCUGAGGAGCUUGGAUUAUGAGGCCUUUCCCGACCAAGAGGCAAGCAUCACGUUCUUGGUGGAGGCCUUUGAUAUUUAUGGGACGAUGCCACCCGGUAUAGCAACGGUCACAGUAAUUGUGAAGGACAUGAAUGACUACCCUCCGGUGUUUAGCAAACGCAUCUACAAGGGGAUGGUGGCUCCAGAUGCCGUCAAGGGGACACCAAUCACCACUGUUUAUGCUGAAGACGCAGACCCACCAGGGUUGCCAGCGAGUCGGGUGAGGUACCGAGUGGAUGAUGUGCAGUUUCCAUACCCAGCCAGUAUUUUUAACGUAGAGGAAGAUUCUGGAAGAGUAAUAACCCGUGUUAAUCUUAAUGAAGAGCCUACAACAAUUUUUAAGCUGGUGGUUGUGGCUUUUGAUGAUGGUGAGCCUGUGAUGUCCAGCAGUGCCACUGUGAGAAUUCUUGUCUUACAUCCUGGAGAGAUCCCACGCUUCACCCAAGAGGAAUACAGGUAUGAAUUUCUAUCAGGUGUUAAAACACCAAGCUUCUUCAGUGUGCUUUAG